UUUGGGUACAUCGCUCCCUUAUCUCGCCUUGCUUCGUCGAACGAGCGGUGCAAAUAACAGUGGAACGAAGCUUCUUCCAUCGAGGGACCCGCAGUUUGCCCUUUCUCUCCCUCUUCCUAUCAGUUCAUCCGGCCAUGAAUCGAUAUGAACCAAGCAACAUUACUCGAUGAGCUUGUAAAAGAAGAUAAGAGCUCGAUCGCAAAUUCUCAAGACCUCCCCUUACCGAGCUAUAUAAUUAAGAAGCCAAAAUAUAGCAGCAGUUCCACUCUCCCCACUUCUCAAGUCUCAACCGAAGAUGGCGAAGCCGAUAUCGAUCGAAGUCUGGAAUCCCAGUGGCAAGUACAGAGUUGUCAGCACCAAAUCCAUGCCCGGAACUCGUUGGAUUCGCCUCUUGACAGACCAAGACUGCCGCGUCGAGAUAUGCACUGAGAAGAAAACUAUACUGUCCGUGGAGGACAUUCUCGCACUCAUCGGCAACCGAUGCGACGGAGUAAUUGGACAGUUAACAGAGGACUGGGGAGAGGUGCUGUUCUCGGCGCUGAAGAGAGCUGGAGGAUCUGCGUUCAGCAACAUGGCAGUCGGGUACAAUAAUGUCGAUAUCAACGCUGCUAACAAGUACGGUAUUGCCGUCGGGAACACCCCAGGGGUUCUUACAGAAACAACGGCUGAAUUAGCUGCUUCACUUUCACUGGCAGCUGCCAGAAGAAUAGUGGAAGCAGAUCAGUUCAUGAGGGCGGGCUUGUACGACGGAUGGCUUCCCCACUUGUUCGUCGGAAACUUGCUGAAGGGGCAGACAGUGGGAGUAAUCGGAGCUGGCCGUAUUGGUUCUGCAUAUGCCAGGAUGAUGAUUGAGGGCUUCAAGAUGAACCUGAUAUACUACGAUCUGUAUCAAGCCACACGGCUAGAGAAGUUCGUCACAGCAUAUGGACAGUUCUUGGAGGCAAAUGGUGAACAACCUGUUACAUGGAAAAGAGCUGCUUCCAUGGAGGAAGUUCUCAGAGAAGCUGAUGUGAUAAGUCUUCAUCCAGUUUUGGAUAAGACUACAUAUCAUCUUGUAAACAAAGAGAGUCUGGCCAUUAUGAAGAAGGAAGCAAUCCUUGUGAAUGCAAGCAGAGGACCAGUGAUUGAUGAAGCUGCUUUGGUUGAACAUCUGAAGGCAAAUCCAAUGUUCCGAGUUGGGCUCGAUGUUUUCGAGGAUGAACCUUUCAUGAAACCUGGACUUGCUGAACAGAAGAAUGCUGUUGUUGUGCCACAUAUUGCCUCUGCCUCCAAGUGGACGCGUGAAGGAAUGGCAACACUUGCUGCUUUAAAUGUUCUUGGAAAGAUAAAAGGAUACCCAAUUUGGGGUGAUCCGAACCGGGUUGAACCAUUCUUGGAUGAGAACUCUCCAGCUCCUACCGCAUGUCCAAGCAUUGUCAACGCCAAACAACUUGGUAUUUGAGCCUGCCCAGUUCCAAACUUUGAUGGCAGAAGAACAUGCAAAUUGAGAUGAAGACUGUGUGUGUCACAUAGAGCAAUGCAUAAAUAUGAAAUCUUGUGGAUCCUUACAAUCCUAUGAUGUAUAAUUUGCAUUCGCUGACUAAGUCUUGCUUACUUGCAUAUGCGCUUAAAAAUCCUUCUUGGUCAUGAAAUGCUUGUUAAACAUUAUAAUAACAAUGAUAAAGUCACAUGUCUCUUUUA